AUGUCUGCAGCAUCCGCAUCUGCCUUCCUGCGAAAGCGCAAGGAUAAGCGCCCGGUCAUCUCGCGCUUUCCGGCGAACGGCGGAUCAGCAGCUGCAGGUGUCGCAGGUCCUUCGAAUCCGGGUCCGUCUCAGCACCUCCCACCUGCGACUGCGCCCAAGGCCGAGCACAAUGCUGCCCCUACCGAUACUUCCAGCCUCGUGGAAAUCAAGCUGUUCUCGGCGCCCCCCUCCGCCCUGCGUGACACCCGGUACAAUCUCAUGAAGCUCAACUACGCACGCGACUAUGACCCGACCAAUAUUCCCCGUCCCAUCCUUCUCAAUCGCAAACAACCCGGUCCGCGCGCACCACCCACCUUUGCUUUUGACGAAGACGGCGGAAUCAUCGGAAAGUACAAAUACGAUGAAGAAGGGAAGCCUGUUAUGGGGGAGAAUGGGCUGCAGGUGAUUGAUAUCAAGGAGAAGGCGGAUUUGUCACUUAUAGGGGGAUCGGAGCAGAAGAAGGUGCGGAAGAAGGCGAUCAAGGAGGUGUAUCAUCAGGAGAAGGAGGUGAUGCGGCUCAGGAGGGAGGAGGCUACGCCGUGGAUAUUGGAAACGGGGAAUCCGAGGGAUGAGGCGCAAGAGCCGGCAGGGGGAAAGCUGCCAGAGCAUUGGGUGGGGAGAUACGUCGACCCACACUCGCUCCCGACGGUGCUGUUUGUCAACGAUGGACAGAGCGAGGGGUUCCAGGUAAUACCCUUGGGGCGGACAUACAAGUUCGAGCCGGAACGGCCAUUCAAGGUGUUGGACCCGGAUGCGUCUCACAAGCUGUAUGAGCAUCAGACCAAGUUCAAGGUUCAUGACCGGUGGGCUCAGCGAGAAGGCGGACGGGCGAGCGCGCAUGUCCCGAUCGCAGGGCAAUCAAGUGGAGGGGCAGCACAGCAAGUCAAGCGGGAGGUGGGGCACGAUCUACGCGGAGAAGCUAGGGCGAGGGCGAUGGAGCAGCGCAUCAAGCUGCAGAGUGGGCAAGGACAGAGGAAGGCCAAGGUGGAGCGGUUCGAUGAUGACCUGAAGAGGGAGGGACGGGCUAAGACCCAGGGGCUCGAAGGUGGUGCUGGCGAGGAGCUAGAUUAUGAUGAGAAGGACGACUUCCAGGACGACGACGAUGUCAAUACCUUCUACCGGGAUCAGGAUGAAGAGGAGGAAGCUAAGGCUACCGAGGACCGACUCAAGAAGGAGUAUCGUAUCGCCAAUGCUACCGUCGGAGAUCGGCCGCAGAUUGAGGACGAGCUGGAAGAUGAGCUGGACCUGUUUGGUGACAAGGAGUUGACGAGGGAUGGGCGCAAGCUGCGGAAGAUGAUGCGGAAGCGGCGGGGAAGCGAGGACCUGUUUGACAUGUCUGAUGAUCAGGAUUCUGACGAGUCGGACGGAGAAACCCCUGACAAGAAGAAGGAGAAGGAGAAGGAGGCGGAUAAGGGGAAGAGCAAGGAGGUGCAACCGCCAGGAUCGGCGGACCGCCCAUCUCGUCCGCCGUCUCGCGCUGGCCCCGGCCCCAAUCGAUCCGAGCGCGGAGUCACUUCCCCCGGCAAUGCCAACCGACACCUAUCGCCCACUCCUACAAAGGGCAAGUCCUCUACCGCCCCUCCCGUAUCCGGCGCAUCCUUCAUUGCUCAGCGUGCAACGGGUCGAGGCGUCUCCCCUGCCAGUCGGAGCCGGCAUACCAGUCCCCGUGCCGGCAGCCCGGAUGCUACUGGCGCGUCAAGGAGUCGGGCCGGCUCUCCCGCCAUGUCUGCUCCCGGUCGUGCGCCGUCCCCGGCCGUCGCCUCGCGCGAGGGGUCUCCCAGCGCGACUGCUGUACCCAGAAUCAAGAUCAAAAACCCCUCCGUCGCCCCUAGCGGUACCGCCUCCCCUGUUCCCUCCCCCAAUGCCGGUAAUUCCAAGCGCAAACCCUCUCCCGCACCCGGCGCUGGCGAUCCUCCUCGCAAGAAGAAGAAGGGCAGCAAUACCCCCACGCCAGCGCCAGAGGACAUGGAGCCAUUCCAGGGCAUGAUCACCAAGGACGAGAUCAUCGACUGGUUCCGCAGUCGCCCGUCGGACCGUGUGCUCAUGAACGAGGUCAUCCUGGCAUUCAAGCCGAAGAUCAUGAGCCCACCGACGCCGGAGCUGAAGGAGCGGAAUCAGAAGGUCUUCAUGUCUUUGAUUGCGCUGGUGACUGUCAAGGUGGAGGCGAAGACGUUGCAAUUCAAGGCGGAGUAUAGGCAGAAAUGA